AUGAGGGGACAAUUUGUGCAUACCAAAGCAAAGUUGGUGACAAAGCCUUUACAGGAUAAUGCCUAUAAGCGAACUUCAUAUCGGCGGAAUCUACUAAAUAGGGAGCAACCGGAACAAAAAAGCGCCCAAACAAUUACUCUAACUUUGAUUCCAUCAUCAAGUUCUGCUUACCCAAGUAGCAUAAAUCAGUCAACUUCUUUCGGUGUCAACCCUACAAAUGAAGCCGUUUUGAGCAAAAACGAAGGCCGAAACUGUGACAAUAGCGCUCUUAAAAGCUCAGGGCCUAAAGCUCUGAAAAGUCACAUGUUCUCUGGCCAUUUAGACUCAAAUUUUAAGUUGAGCCAGCAGCUGGCGGUUGAUACCUCCUUAGGUCGUAAGGACCUAGUAGGGGAUGAAAUAAAAGAGGCUGAGGAUGAGCCUCAAAUUAUAAUUGGAACAACUUCAGCAGUAAAGGAGAGCAAGUUGUUUGAAAAAAAGCCGGUUCCAGUCAGCCAUUUUGUCAUGAGAAGCGCCGAGUGGGAAGGAAUGAUGGUGAGUUAUGGCAAUUAUACAAACAAAAAAUGA